AUGACUACCCAGCACUACCAAGCUCCUGCUCUUCCCAUCAGUGUCCCCUCCAAGGCCCCAGGUCCGGCCGGUCUCUACCCCGUUAGCCGUGUGUCUGGGUCUCCUCCAGAUAUCUCCGACACAAGCACUACCGCGGGGAGUCGGACUUCCGCCGGAUUCAGUUACGGCUCCGGAAGCCUCAGCGGCGACUAUGAGUCCAGCCCAGCCUCGUAUUCCGGUGUCGAUGUUGUGGAUGUCCUGAGCGACCGCUUGCAGAAUACGUUCGAUCCAACCCCAUUGGACAAGGGACUGGUAAUGCAGGCACAGACUUCCGGUCAGCUGAACGCAAAGCAACGAGAGCUACUCGAGUUGCAGGCCCUCGCUCAGCGUCGUCUGAAAGGGGUCCGUGCCAAUUUCUCCGAUGGAAUCAAAGUUGCUCGGGAUACCAAACGAGAUCUUGAAUGGACGCAGAAGCGUGUGAGCACGCUGAAGACGAAAGCCGAGAGUAUUCAUCCAGAGGAGUACCGACGAGCAUCAAAGAAAUACAGUUAUGAUGACGACAACUGA